CCCCUGGAGCCCAAAAUCCCAAAUGGAGCCCAAAAUCCCAAAUGGAUCCCAAAAGGGACCUGGAGAUCGUCCAGGCCGGCCUUGGCCACCUGGAGCACGUGAAAUGUCUCCGGAGAGGCAGACUCCACCGCCUCCCUGGGCAGCUGCUGAGUGCUCUGCCACCCGCAGUGUAAAUAAGCUUUUCCUCACGUUGAGGGGGGACUUCAUGUGGUUUGGUUUGGUUUAGUUUAGUUUAUGGCCGUUGCACCACUGGAAGGAGUCUGGCACUCACGUUGGAGAUAUUUAGGUGGAUUGGUGAGAUCGCCUCUUGUUGGACAAUAUACCAAGUUUAAAAAUUUUAUUUCCUAACUUUAGCCACGUUUGUUUUCCUUUGCCCCGGGGGAAGGGAACGGCAGUUUCCCUCCAAAGCAUUGCUCCACCAGGAACAAUGAGAUCGGCAUCACAGGGGCCGAGAGAUACACGAGAGAUAAGGGCCAUCAAGGGCCAUUGGCGAAACAUCAGCGAACAUCUACCCCAGCCCUGCCCCUGGCACGGCCGGAGACACCCGGAAAAGGCUGGUAAGGAAAUGCAAAUUAGGAGUGAAGACCUAAUUAACAUCAGAGGCGAAGAAAUCCGUAUCCAAUAGGAAACCAAAUACUAAGAACUGCGCAACUCGAGACCAAUGAACAUUAAACCGAUGGAUUUCUAUGGGUUUGGGACUGUAUAAAAUUUGACAAAAACUGAGACGUUUGAAAAAAAAUCAUGGAGCGCGGUCCCCUGCGGAUGAAGGGCAGCGGGGGAGCCCUGGGGGCCGGCAAGUGGGAGAAGGAGGCGAAAGAGAAAGCCCCGAUGCCGGAGCGGAUCACGGGCAGCGAGGAGGAGGAGGA